AUGUUGAAGAUAUGGAGUAUGAAGAAGAAUGAGGACGCUGUGGCCAAGAAGAAGCCGAAGACGAGCGCAGCGCAGAUUCGUGUGCAGAAAGACUUGACUGAGCUCGACCUCCCCGACACCAUGAAGACACAUUUCCCCGAUCCCAACGAUCUCCUGAACUUCACCCUCACCAUCACACCCGACGACGGCAUGUACAAGGGUGGCUCCUUCGUAUUCUCGUUCGCGAUCAACACCAAUUACCCUCACGAGCCACCGAAAGUCAAAUGCACACAGACGAUAUACCAUCCGAAUGUAGACCUCGAGGGAAAUGUCUGCUUAAACAUCCUUCGAGAAGACUGGAAGCCCGUGCUCAACUUGAACUCGGUCAUGGUCGGCCUGCAGUACCUCUUCCUAGAGCCCAACGCAGACGAUCCAUUGAACAAGGAUGCUGCGCAAGAACUGAUCAAGAACCGCGAACACUUCUUAUCGAAUGUGAAGCAGUCGAUGCGCGGAUAUAACAUCAAGGGCGUCCAGUAUCAGAAUGUCAUGGGAUGA